AGAAAGUGAUAAAUCUCAUAUAUAGUUAAUUCCUUUUUGCUAGCGUGUUCAUAAUACAUAUUAUCGUUCAUAGUUUACAUAAUAAAUUUAUUAACAAUGGCAUCCAGAGGGGGUCCAAGAGCCGCUGGUACUGAUGGUAGUGAUUUUUCCUACCGAGAGCGAGUAGCGAGUCAUUAUGUAGUUAGUUCAACAAACAAAGCUCGUCUUAAAAUUGUAAUGAUAGCUCAUAUUUUACUAGGAGUUUUGAUGACACUGCGUCAAACAGUUUCCAUCUGCGCCGCCAUGGGCAUCAAUCCACCAAAAUUUCUUUACCAUUUAAAUUUACCGCAAGUUCUUGGGUGGGAAGUUUGUUGGCUCCCUAGUAUUGCCACAGUAUUGUUUGGCUUUGCUGCACUUCCAAAAAACCAAGUUUUCCUUAUGAAACAAUACAUUCUUGGAGUUUUCGUUCUGGGAAUUCUUCCAGUUUUAUUUGGAGUAGGUUCAAUUGGUGAAGAUAUAAUCAGCUAUGUAAAAAGUGGACAAUCUAGAGUUACGUUUAAAGGAUUUCCAAUGGAAGUAAUAUGGGCAAUAUUUCUCUUUAUUGCUGCUCAAGUUCAUGUUAUGAGUGUAGUAUUCGCUAGGAAAUUAGUAAAUGCCUGGAAUGUCAUACCAGUUCCCGAACUCCAUCCGAGCGAUAAUAUGGACAACAAUGAGUUGAGACUUGAUGAAUUGAACAUUCCAGAAGACCUAAAAUGUCAAUUACAAGAGUUGCGUGAUGAAGAUCAUGAUAAAUUUAAGAAGGUUAAAAAUCAUAUAACAAUCUUCUUAAAAACUGUAUCGAAAUGGAAUAGGAGUAAAGUUCAAUCAGAACUAGACAACAUCCGAGAAGACGAUUUAGUCAGAAAAGAUGUAUUUAAAAGAGUGAAACGAGCAAUUUUGCAACAAAAUUUGGAAGCCAAUUUUAAAGAACCCGCUCCUCAUAUUGAUUCCCCGCCUAAAAAGAAGAGUCGAAAAUCGACAGUCGUUCGAGAACCAAAAGCUAAUCGAAGAAAAUCGGUAAUCCCGCAAAAUGUAAAUAAACGAAAGAGGUCGCCAACACCCCCUCCAGAACCGUUUGUACCCCCUCAAGAGCCUUUGACUCCUAAGACUACUCGUUCAUCUAAUGAGUCGAAUACACUGAAAAGAGUGGUUUUAGGGAAAGGAAAAAAGGGUGAAAUUUCUCAGUAUGUUAUCUACGCUCAAGAAUUUCUGGAUUCAUCAUCUGCGGAAGAUAUUAUACAUUGUUCAUCGAACGCUUCAAUUUUAGCUGUAACCCGAUUCCAUAAGUUAGAAGCAGCACAACAAUAUGUUGCUACAUCAAUGUUGAGAUCAAGCUAUGCUGUUCCUACUAAGGAAUCGUUAAUGGCUCUACGCAAUUUGCUAUACAGAAGAGACGUUCCACAUAUAACUUUUGAAAAUUCUGGAGAUAAUUCAAAAAUUGAUAUUAUCAUAACGGCUCCCGCAAGUACUGACUACUUGAACAAAAAAAGCAGAAUGGCUGCUGAAGAACAAUCAAAAAAAGACAUUCCAUCUCCUCAUUUAAACGACGGAAAUAAUCUCGAGAGUAAUAUAAUUCAAAAGAAUCUCAAAUACAUCUCGUUAGUUCUUCUAACAUUUCAAAAUACUAUUUUGAUCCUGUUGAUGAGAUAUGUUAGGACAAGACCGGGGGAUCUAUUUAUUUCAUCAACUGCUGUUGUUAUGCAAGAACUAACAAAAGUCCUUACAUGCGUUAUAGUAAUGUAUUUUCAAGAAGCGAAGAGUAUCUCUCAUCUAUUAAAAAUUUUGCAUGAGUCAAUUAUACUACAGCCAAUUGAUACUUUGAAAGUCUGCGUUCCAGGAAUAAUAUAUACUAUUCAAAAUAACUUGUUAUACGUUGCUGUUUCGAAUUUAGAAGCUGCUACCUAUCAAGUGUCAUAUCAAUUAAAAAUCUUGACGACAGCUCUCUUUAGUGUUUUUAUGCUCCAGAAAAAAUUAUCCCGUAUGCAAUGGGUUUCUUUAGUAAUAUUAUUUGUAGGUGUUUCUGCCGUUCAACUCCAACCUGAUUCUAAAAAAGGAAGCUCUACUCACGAGCAAAAUGCCAUAAUUGGCUUGUCAGCUGUAUUGAUUUCUUGUAUUUUAUCAGGAUUCGCUGGUGUUUAUUUCGAAAAGAUUUUGAAAGGUUCUAAGGGAACAAUUUGGUUGAGAAAUGUUCAGUUAGGCGGGUUUGGAAUUUUGGCCGGGUUAGCUACUGUUUAUACUAAGGAUUGUUCAACAGCUUGGACAAAUGGCUUCUUCUUUGGGUAUGACUAUUUAGUUUGGAUAGUAAUAGCUAUUCAGGCAAUGGGUGGUCUAAUGGUAGCAGUUGUCGUUAAAUAUGCAGAUAAUAUCUUGAAAGGUUUUGCUACAUCAGCGUCUAUCAUAAUAAGCUCCAUCGCAGCAAUAUUUUUGUUUAACUUUCAACUGAGUGUACAAUUUAUUUUUGGAGCAGGUUUGGUGAUAUCAAGUGUAUAUAUGUAUUCUGUGUUUGUUUAUAAAGUUACUCCUGUAGCUUCAUCUAAAGUUUAA